AUUCAUUGAGUUCCUUUACAAAAAUUUGAUAAAAUAUACAAUAUACUUAAUAUAUAGAUCUUUUAUAAUAUAUUAGAUCCAGACCUACCCUUAAAUCUUAAAAAAGCCAGGCAUAAAUUAAAUUAGAUCUACACUUGUCUACAUUCUACAUUUUUGUUUUUUGAGGUUGUAGAUCUAAACAAUAAAACAUUAAUUUAUAAAUGAUUAAAAUACAGUACAUGAGUACAGUACUGAGUAGGCUUCUCUAGAUCUAGAUUCUAGAAUGUGUGUAGAUAGAUACUAUUACUAGACGUAGAUCUAACUAGAGUCUAGAGCAGGGUUUCUCAACCUGUGACUCGCGGCUAAGUGGGGGAUUGUAAAAAAACAAAAAGGGUCGCUGAGCAUAAAAGGUUGAGAACCGCUGGGCUAGAGUCUUUUGUACUAAGAAACUUAGAAAGUAAAAGAAAAGAGAAAAAAGUUUUGAAGAAAUAUAGUGGGAUUUUAUGAUGGUAUUAGUUUACUAAAAAAAACAAAAAACUACUGAAGUAAAUAGACAUGAGAAGUUGACUUAUCUAAAUACCUAGUGUCAAACAAAACAAGACUAAGAGACAGAGGAUCAAUAAAAGAGAUAUGGUUGUUACCGAGAUAUGUAUAUAAAAACCUGUUUAGGUUUGGCAUUCGCUCCCAUGACCAAACUGGAAAAUCUAGAAAAGUAACAUAUAAGUCUAUCAGCUUCUUAGUAAAAUCAAGACUGUAUUCUUCUAUAACGAUCUCUGAGGCUGAAAGAAGAAUCUAACCCCUUGAUAAUAAAUGCUAAAGAAAAUGCUGGCAAGGUAUCAGAUACCAGGAAAAGAUAAGACUUGUAGAAAUGAAUUUCUUGUACUUUUACAAGUCAACACUCGAAUCUGGCUCUGGCUGGCAAAAAGGAAGAACGCCUCAAUAGGCCUACAGGGAAGACAUGAAAGCUGAGCUGGUUUGGUCAUAUUGUAAAACAUAAUUCACUAUCAAAAUUCAUUCUUCAAGAACGUUACAGCUGAGGAAGCAUGAAGAAAGGGUCAUCCAAAGAAAAGCUGGCUGGAUAACACAUAAAAGAAUAGACAGGCUUCUCUCUUGAUUUCCUGCUAAGAACAGCUAGCUGCUGACUCUCUAUUUGUUAAAAUUGAUUUGUUAAAAAAAUGGUUAAGGGAACCUACAAAAGAAGCCUCUUUUGGACAGUGUUUACAAAAACUGCACCUAACAGAGCUAAAUGUAACUUCUGUGGGAAAGAGUGCUCCUACAUUGGUGGAACUACAAGCAACCUUGCCAGGCAUUUGAGAUCUGCUCAUCCUGAUAUCAAGUUGAGCCCACCGCAAUAUAGGGAAAGUGAAGCCACCACACUAAUAAUUACUGCUCAAACAUCCAGUGAUGGCAGUUGCAUAGCAACCAUUGAACCAUUUGAAGUAACCACAAAAAGUGAGCCUCCAGAUGACUGUGAGGGUGCAACAUUGUUGAAUGGUAGCCAGAACCAGUUACCGGAAGGUGUAAAAAAGAAAAGGAGUGCAUGCUGGUCCAUCUUUCGAAAGUUAGAUGAGAAUAGAGUCUUGUGUCGACAUUGUGGCCACACUCUGUCUGCACCUAAAGGAGCCACUAGUAACCUAAAUAGACACCUGAAAACAAAGCAUCAAAACCUCUACUCUAGUCUACAGAUUGAUGAAAUUAAAAAAAAAAAAGUUGUAAAAUUCAAACAAAGUUUUUCAAGGGGCCAAUCAAAGCAAAGGCUUAAAACUUCAGCCUCUCAUUUGUCAGUACCACAGGAAGCUGAAAUGCCAGAAGACAUACAAAAGUUCAUACAUGAAACUCGAGAAAAAGAAGGCUUUGUGCCUAAUGCUUAUCAUGCUCUGUCACACAGACCAAAUGAAAUGCGAGCAUUCUUGGCUUACUAUGACACUGUCAUGGAAGAUAGAGUUGGAGGUCACCUGACUAGAUGUGACAAGGAGAUGAUAUUUAUAGCAGUCAGUUCAUUUAACAAAUGUAAAUACUUCAUCAUAUCCCAUUCUGGGCUCUUGAGACUUCAUUCACACAACAAGCUGUUAGCUGAUCAGAUUGCUGCCAACUGGGAGUCUGCAGAUAUCGAUGAGAGGCAGAGAUCAAUUUUAGGAUUUGCUUUGAAGGUGACAAAGUGUGAAGCCUUAAUGGAAAAUGAUUUUAAUGAUCUUGCUAAUCAUGGACUCGAUUCAGAGGAUGCUUGGGACAUAGGAUCCAUUGUCAGCAUAUGUUCAUUAUCUAACCGAAUGGCUUAUCUUACCAACAUGACUCCAAAUGAAGAGUUUUAUUCACUGGGACGAUCAUAGCCGUUAUAAAUAAACAUUUUAGGUUUUGAAGGCUCUUAAGAGAUUGAUUUGUCCUCAGUACUGUCAUACUGGGAAAUCAUGUGCUGCUCAAUGUUAAAGCUGCUGAUUUCUAACAACACCAUCUCUGCUUCUAAGACUUAUUGUCCAUAUCAGUUGAUAGAAGUGGUGAUAUUUUAUCAGUUUUUUUAUAAGCAUUCAAGUGGAGCCAAUGCUCAGAAUUGUCUUUCACAUUACUUUCCACAUAAAUAAAAUAAGAAAUUUUG